UAUCAAAUAAUUUGAAAGGUGGUCUACCUCAGCUCUCCUCCAAUGUUGUUUUCUUCCAGCUAACCAACAGUUCUCUAUCAGGAUCUAUCUCCCAUCUCUUGUGCCAUAACAAGAAAAGCAACAAUAAAUUGCAGUACUUGGACAUCUCUGAUAAAUAAUUUAUCUGGAGGGUUAACAGACUGCUGGAUGAAUUGGAAAUCGCUGCUUCAUGUUAAUCUGGGAGGCAACAAUCUUACUGGCAACAUACCCCCAUCAAUGUCCUUCUUGUUGAAUCUCACAUCACUGCAUCUACAUGAGAAUAACUUGUCUGGGGACAUAUCUUCUUCAUCACUUCAGUAUUGCCGCUCCUUGUCCAUUCUUAAUGUCCGCAAGAAUAGGUUCUCUGGAAACAUACCAAAGUGGAUGCCGCAGAGUAUAAGGAUUCUCCAGUUAAGGUCCAACAAAUUCAUUGGUAACAUUCCCUCACAGAUAUGUCAAAUGCCUUUACUCAUUAUUUUGGAUAUUGCAUAUAACAGAAUCUCAGGACAUAUACCCAAAUGCCUAAACAACAUCACAUCCUUUGUUGACAUGCAUUAUUCAACCAGUUGGAUUUUCUAUGAACUCUUUGAUGGAAGUGCUUUAUUUUACUACACAGACAAUCUUAUAUUGCUUGUAAAAGGUCAACAAUCAAAUUAUGAAUCAAACCUGAAGCUGAUCCGCAUGGUUGACCUUUCAAGUAAUAACCUGACAGGAACAAUGUCUCCACAACUCUUCAGCCUCUCUCAGUUGCAUUUCUUGAACCUUUCCCAUAACAGGCUAACAGGAACCAUACCAAAAGAGAUUGGAAACAUGACACAACUGGAGUCUCUUGAUUUAUCCAAAAAUGAACUCACGGGACAGAUUCCUGUGAGUAUAUCCAGUUUGUCUUUGCUCGAUAACUUGAACCUGUCAUUCAAUAACUUGAGCGGCCAAAUCCCUUCAGGGACCCAACUUCAGAGCUUCAGUGAGCUUAGCUAUAUUGGGAAUGCUGAUCUUUGUGGACCUCCCCUUCCCAAAAACUGCUCAAAUCAUGGAGAUGACACAAAGACUUUGGGUGAGAAUGAUGAUGAUGGUGAUGAAUCAGAUUUUCUGAGCUGUCUCUAUAUGGGCUUAGGAGUUGGCUUUGCUGUAGGCUUUUGGGGAGUUUGUGGUGCCAUUUUCUUCAGUCGCAAGUGCAGACAUGCUUACUUCAGAUUUCUGUAUGACUUGAGAGACCGAUUUUAUGUCCUGCUGCUCACAAAUCUCAACUCCUUUCGCUGAUAUCCAAUUCUCUGCAGGUACUUUUUGAAGAACAUAAUACAUAAGAUCUCAUCAGCUGCACCUGCCAUAAAGAUCCAGCAGAUACUUCAUGCAGUGUAUUGCGCUUACAGUAUCACUAGCUAAUUAUUAAAUCCCAAUGUCACUUUUAUAUUCUAAAAUAAAGCCUAGAUAUAGUUUCUUGGUUUUGAUGCAGAAUAUUGUUUCUCUAAUCAUUUUUGUAAUGUUGCUUACUGG